AUGGCCACUCUCUUCACACGCCAGGCUGUUGCCUCUGCCUCGAGAACGGCACGAUGCUGGAGACCGGCAGCUGUCAAGGUUGCUCCCGUCAGCAGGGCCAUGCCCAUCUCACAGCGCAUGAGCUUCUCGCAAUCAGUACAACGCCUUGAGAAGCGCUUCACUGAAACCCACGAAUGGAUCGACGUCGCCAGCGACGGCAAGACCUGCACAAUCGGCAUCACCAAGCACGCCGCUGAGGCCCUCGGCGACAUCGUCUACGUCGAGCUCCCAGAGGUGGGCGACGAGGUGGGCAGCGGCGACAGCUUCGGCUCCGUCGAGUCGGUCAAGUCGGCCUCUGACAUCGUCUCCCCCAUCGACGGCAGCGUCGUCGCCGUCAACGACCCCGUGUCCGAGACGCCUGCCGACCUCGGCAAGGACCCCGAGGGCGAGCAGUGGCUCAUCAAGGUCGAGGCGGCCGACCUGGCCCCCGUGGAUGGGCUGAUGGACCUGGAGGCGUACACCAAGUUCGCCGAGGAGGAUCACUAG